AUGUAUGCUACUGGCAUCAUAUUAUGGCACACACUUGUUUUUGUUACUGUUUCCUCUGCUAUUGUAUCUUUUUGUGUCUCCUCUACUGCUCACCACUCCAGUAGUGAAAAUGCACACAAAGACAGACUUUGUGGGUGCUGCCCAAGAACUCUUAGUCGUAAAGCCAGUCUGAAGGACAAGGUGUUUCCCAGUCCUUCCAAAGUCCCUGUGGUUAAGGGGAAAGCCCUCUCUCCGGGGGCAGAAGACGGGGUCGAAGCAAGCCCAAGCAAGGUCGCCAAGAGUUGGAGCAGAGUCAGGGGCAGUACCUCGCGCCAAAACUCAGAUGCAAUUGAAGGUUUAAUAAAGGCAAGCCUCCCCGGAGAGGAAAUUGGUGAUGAUAAGAGCUGUCACUGUGAGUUUUUCACCCAGGAAUUACCUCCAGGAUUGAAGGUUACGAUUAGGGCUGUUUGUGUCAUGAAGUUUCUGGUGUCAAAGAGGAGGUUCAAAGAGAGUCUGCGGCCAUAUGAUGUCAUGGAUGUGAUCGAACAGUACUCUGCAGGUCACCUGGACAUGCUGUGUCGCAUUAAGAACCUGCAGUCCAGGAUAGAUAUGAUUGUGGGGCCCCCUCCCCCAACAACACCUCGCCAUAAGAAGUCCACUGAAGGUCCUAGAGUUGACCAGAUAGUUGGUAAAGGUCCCAAAGUUGAAGGGGAGGCUGCAGAGGAUCAGAGCAUGAUGGGGCGACUAGUCAAAGUGGAAAAACAGGUGGUCUGCAUGGACAGGAAGCUUGAUUUCCUGGUAAAUGUUUAUGUGCAGCGUAUGGGCAUCACUCAUUCAGAAACAGAGGCCUUUUUUAACUCCAAAGAGCCGUAUCCAGCACCGCCUUACCACAGCCCAGAGGAGACCAAGGACAAGAAGGAUGAAGAAGAAGAGGUGAAGGUGGAAAAGAAAUUCAAGACAACUUCAUCAGCAGCAGAUGUCUCACGCUCUGAUGGGUCUCUGGGAAAGAAAGAUCCUUUACUUGGUCAGUCUGUGGCAAGGUCAGUAGGCACUUCAUCUGGCACCAACAGCCGCCCUUCUACGUCUUGGCAGCAACAGCUGCAGCAUCCUCUCAGCCAGCCCGCCUGGGGCAGCAGCUUGGCCAACACCCCUUCACCAGUCGGAUGUGGUGGUGAUCAGUCGCCCACCGUCUUCCGCCUUCCUCCUCCACCUGCUCCGAUGCAUGACAGAUCCUCCUGUGGCCCGUGUGUGAGCGGCAGGGAUAGCAGCUCACAAAGCAGAAGGCGCUACAGGAGGCACAGGUGUCAUCAGGAUGCCACCGCCGUGGAGAGCGACACCUCUCUCUCCAUCCCAUCUGUUGACCACGAGGAGCUGGAGCGCUCCUUCAGUGGCUUCAGCAUCUCUCAGGCCAAAGAGGACUUCUUCGGGCCUUCUUGCUUUACAGGUUCAGGAGGAAGUGGAGCAGUGGCUGAAGCUGGAGGCGGACAUUCAAUCUGCGCCAGGGUCCGACCUUUCAUAGCUGAAGGAGAGUCAGAUACAGACUCUGACCUGUAUGCGCCAUCACCUCUGUCCUUCACCGGAGAGGCCUCCUGUGGAGAGAGGGGCUGGCCAGGACUCAAGUAGGUCAGAGGACUGCUCUGCCCAGGCUGGUCAGGCUGGUGGUGACAGAUCAGUGCCAAGACGAUAUCAUCAGACCUCCUAUCCAACUAACUUACUGUCCACUAUGAUGAUGUUUUAGUCAAUUCUGAGUGGAUGCGAAUAAGAGGUUGUGCAUUAUGACAGAGGUCAUAUUACUAUAAGUGGUAAUCAAAUAACCUCAUAAAAAUCAGAGGUCAUGUUUUCUCACAUCUUAUGUUUAUAAUCAAACAUUUCAUAAGCAUUGAUUACUGAUAAUUGCUUUGAAUACUUUGUAGAUCUUGAAAGAUGGGAAAAAUGUUGAGGCCCUGUCAAUACUAACACGGAUAUUUACAAAAAGAAGAUUUUUUGCUGUACAAGUAGUUCUCGUUCACAUGAAAUAUUCUUGGUGAAAAAAAGCUAACAUUUUAAAAAACGUCAUUAGUGGUCUAGCUGUGUGGAGAAGAUAAUUGAUUAUUCAAAACAAUGACCCAGAAGCCCUCUUCCUGCAUCCCCACCAACGUUUUCUGUGCUUCUCUAUAACUUCAAAUGUCAAGUGGUAAGACUGAGAGGAAAUGGCAAACAUUGUCAAAGCAAAUACUCAUUUGAGUGUUUUUAACUGGAAUCCCAGGCCACAAUGAUCCUGGUUUCUUUUCAUCAGUUCUACGACACCUAUGUUUUUUAGUUUUGUUUUACAUUUUAGUCAAGAAAGGUAAUGAGUGAACUAUAAAACGUUUGCAUUCUGCUAAUAUUUAACAUUAUUUAGAUUGCCAUCGAGUUUUUAAAUGCAUAACACCUCGUUUUAUGUUACAUAAAAAAAAUACUGAGUUUGCACAAUGAAAAGUUGUGAAAAUCUUAUUACUUGGUUUACAUAAUAUCUUGUAAAUCUCUAUAUCUUUGAAUGACUUGAGGUAUUAUGAUGCCAAUCCCUUCGCUAUGGUAAUUGAUUAGAUUCUUGCAGAGAAAAACAAAAAUGCUUGCUUACAUCAUUAUUAAUUCAGCCUAAAGAAAAAGCAAAAAAAAAAAAAAGCUCCCCUUGAAGUAAUACCAAUAUUACCACAACGGUAAAACUGAGAACCUCUUGCAUGGCAUGUUAAAUGGUUGAUUUUAGGACUGUGUUAGGCAGGCUAUAAACCAAAACAGCAACAAAAAGUCAGCUCAAGUACAUUGUUUUAAUGUUCUGUAGAGACAGACAAAGUGGUGCAUAAAACAUGAAGUAAAACCAGAUAUGCAUGCAUGAGGGGUUUCAAGCUAGUGUUUGUAAUGCUCCUGAAAGGGUUUGCUUGAAUUCCAAUCUUGCAAAUGUUGCCUGAGCUUGCAACAUUUUACCAACACAACAUUUUUGGGCAGACUUGUGCACAGUUAAUGUGCAAUGUUAAAUACAAGCAAAAAAAAUAGGGGCUGAAUUUGAUGCAGCUUGUAGAUUUCUAUGGGUUUUACACCAAAUACAUUGUUGAAGUUGGAAUGAGAAACCUAGGAAGUCUCAGUUACCUACUUGGACAUGAUGAUGUUUAUCCUGCACUGCAUUGAUCUUUCAUGUAGAUUAUCUGAUGCUACGUCAGUUCUGCAACAAAAGAGGAAAUGCAAUAAAAAAGCUAACAGGGUAAUUGAGAUCCAUCUUUAAACAAUCAAAGCCUUAUUUUCACACCAGAAUCCAUUUUAUAAGUUCAUAAAUUAACUAUUUCAUAAAAGAGGUGAGAGUCAGUGGUCAUAUGAGAUCUUGUGGUUUAAAAUCACAGGUUAAACAUUUUCAGCAUAAUUCCAUUUGGCAUGAACAGUUCCUAUUCGUACUAACCAACUCCCAACAUUUGAACAUUAAUACACAGAAAUUAUAAUAAGAAAUAUAAUUUAGUGGGCACUGUCCCUAAUAAUCCAUAUUUUACCAAAAGAAAACAGACAUAAAAACUGACAGGCAUGUUUGUAACUGAAUAACAAACGGAUUAAACCUAAGAGGUUUGGCUACCAGAGAACUGAUUCAUGUUGAACACAUGAUGUAACUGCACCUUCAUCUUCUUCCACAAUAAAACUUUGUACAACACUGAA